AGUGUUAGUCUAUGUGUUAGAGAAAUAUAUAAAGGAUAUUUUGGAAUAUCACAUGUUAUGCCCUCUUCUUCGAGGAGGUAAAAUUUAUAUGUCCUAAUAAUGUGGAAUUCGGUCUAUACAUUUUAAAGACAAUUGUGGUAUUUCAAGGUAUGUUUAAAAAGUAUUAAAAUACCUGAAGCUAAUUUUCAUGGUGAUUACAUGCUUGAGGGACUUUAUGGCAAAAUUGAUUUGCCUAAAAAUAUGAUCGGGUUUUGGUCGGAAGUUUUGAAAGUAUUGCAAUAUUUUUAUGAGCUAACGAGUUGAGUCUUUGGAUCUUUGUAUGUUGAAUCUAACACAUUUUUCGAUGGAAUAAGUAAUGUUUAUGACUUGUAGGAAGAGUGACUUAGAAGUAACGAUGCUUAUGUGGUAAAUAUGGCAUGGCAAACGAAGUAGAAAUUUGAUAAGUAUUAAGGUAAUAUUGAGAAUAUGAAUAUAAUGCUAUGUAUUGCUGUCAUGAUUGAUCAUUGUUAUAAGUUCUUUUAACUCCAAUAUAUUUUCAAGAAUAUGUAUAUUUCUUGAAGCAGAAAAGGAAGAAAGACAAGUUUGACCAGAAUUACCCUAUAUGAUACUUUUGAAGAAUACAAGAAAAUGCAUUCUCAUAUAACGCUCUCUACCACUUAUUCUAGUGAAUCAGGGCAGGAUCAAGAUGACUUAAGUGAAAGAAAUUAGAGCUCACAGAAAGAAAUACCAACAAAUGAUAUAUGAGAUUAGAGGCAUGGAUGAAUUGGAGUUGGAUGCCUAUCUAAAUUAAUAAAUGGAGAAAGUUUCGUUGAGUUUUGAUAUUAUUGAUUAGUGGAAGUUGCAUACUCCCAAAUUCCUUAUCAUAUCAAGAUUGGCACGGAAUGUGUUAGCUAUGCUUAUAUCUAUAGUUGUCUCAUAGUCCACUUUUAGUACCGAAGAUUCUAUAAUUGAUGAUUUUAAAACGUCAAUGACUCUAAAAUCAGCACAAACUCUAAUUUAUUGUGAUGAAGGGAACUAUGACUUCAUCCAAACAAUUGAAAAAAAUAUAACCUAUUUAAUAUAUAUUGUAAAUAUUAUUUUAUCGGCAUCUUUCAAUAUCAUAUUAUAAAAUUUUAAUAUCUUUUUUCUAAUGAGUUAUUUUAUACUUAUAGAGUAAAUUAUCAUUGGUUAUUAUGUUAUAUGUUACAAAAGUAUAAAUUGUUUUCUUCCUUUUUCAUUUAUAGUUUGUUUUAUAAUUUUUUGGUCGUUUUGUUUUUAAGUUGGCCCAUGAAGUGAUGAAGGUACUUCAAUUUCAAGAUUCUUAAUUAGUGAAAAGUGAAAUCUCAUCAGCAUCAAAGUCACAAUUCAAAUCGUCAAAAUUGUUAUUUGACUUGUGUCCUCUGUUGUUGAAUUUGAAUUGUUAUUGCAAAAGUGAAUACUUGUCAUGUUAAUUUUAAUAUUGAGUUCUUGAAUUAGAAUUGUAUUCCUAAUAUUUUGUAUUUUGCACUCUAUUAAUUGAUGUUUUUGAAGUCAACUUUGUGGACUGUUUGCUGCAAGUUGAUGGAAUCCCAUCUUUGUUAAGAAGGGAAAAUGUCAAACACUCUUGUGAGUAAGAGAAAAGGACAGCAACUUUAAGAACAUAUUUUGGUCGGAUAAACAUGGGGGCUUUUGUUCUUUUCUUCUAUUGUUAUGACCAAUAAUUGUUGGUCAGAUGGCCUUGGAUGUUUGAAUCCUAGAAACCCCUUUUCUUGGCUUUGUUGCAGACAAUCUUUGUUUCUGUCUUUGUAGUCAAUUCUUUGUGGGGUUGUGCUUGUCCCUCUCUUGAGUAUCUUUCAUGUAGUUCUUGAAAAAGGAGGUGUUUUUUGGGCUGGAACUCUGUGUUUGAAAUCAUGGGAGGCAGUUGUUUUGUUGGUAUUCUGUUCUUGAUUCUGCUGCAAUUUCUUGAUUCUUGUUCUGGUCUCCCUCUGUGUACUGAUUCGAGAGCACCCUUUAUUCCAAGCUCUCAUCUGCAGUUCUGUCCCUAUAAUGGCACCUCAUGCUGCAACGACACCGACGAUUUGAGUAUAAAGAAGCAGUUUGAAUCAAUGAACAUUUCAGAUCCCGGCUGUGCUUCUCUCCUUAAAUCUAUCCUUUGCGCGAGGUGUGAUCAAUUUUCAGCCGAGCUUUUCAGAGUCGAUUCUGGAGCAGUCCCCGUGCUGUGUAACUCUACGGUUUCAGCACACUCAACGCAGUCUAAUGAAGCUACAAACGACUACUGUUCUCAAGUAUGGAGCACUUGCCAAAAUGUCUCUAUUUUGAACUCACCCUUUGCCGCUUCAUUGCAAGGCAGAGCUGGAGCGCCAAGAAACUCCAACUCCACAAAACUGACGGAUCUAUGGCAAUCACAAACAGAUUUCUGUAACGCUGUUGACGGUACAUCCAAUGACGGAGCAGCAUGCUUCACUGGUGCGCCUGUUACACUAAACAGUACUGGAACUCCGAGCCCUUUGAGUGGUAUGUGCCUAGAGAAAAUACCCAACGGAUCUUAUCUCAACAUGGCUGGUCACCCGGACGGCUCAAAUCGUGCCUUUUUCUCGAACCAGCAAGGGAAAUUUGGUUGGCAACUUGGAGCUCGAUGAGGCCGACCCUUUUCUAGACCUAACUGAUGAAGUUCAUUUUGAUACUGAGUUAGGACUUUUGGGGAUUGCAUUUCAUCCAAAAUUCACAGAAAACGGUCGGUUCUUCGUUUCAUUUAACUGUGACAGGGCGAAGUGGCCGAACUGUGCAGGCAGGUGUGCGUGUAAUUCUGAUGUGAACUGUGAUCCAUCAACACUAGAUCCCGAUAAUGGUGCACAGCCUUGCCAGUAUCAAAGUGUUAUAGCAGAGUAUACGGUUAAUGGCACACACUUGAUCACAUUCACAUACUCUCUCACACACACACGCAGAGGAUUAAUGAAAUGAAAACAUGUACAUGAAGAUCAUCAUCUAUUUAUGCAAACCACAAAGCUAUGAUGUAAAAUCCAAGAAUGAGAGAGAGAGAGAGAGAGGAUCAUAUGCAACUACACGUAAAAGACUGGAACAUGCAAUCACUACAACCUUACUCACAAUUUGGACAAAACUCCAACCUCUCUUGUGUUGGAUAUCAGCUGUUGCAGAGCACCACGAUCACGAUUUAUGCAAUCAUUACAACCUUAUACAAUGAGAAGCUGAUCAUGUAAACGACGUUGCAGUAGCUAGUGUCGCAGAGAGAUGGCCCUUGCUUAUUGCAGUGUGUGUGUUUCCUGUAGAGCAGGUGCCAUCUCUCCUGCGGCAUCAGCACUGAAACCCUCUUUCCUACACAUACAUGUAAUAAUUUUCAGUAUUAGCAUAUCUUUUGGCACUUUCCAAACGUAAAGAUAUAGUUGACGCCUGUUUAUACCACAAUGUAUGA